AUGACAAUACACCCUCAGACGGGAAAUUUGCAAUCGAAAAAUAACCCCGAGACUAAACGACUUGCCACGGUGUUUGGUAUGUUAACCCUUCGAGGGCGAUCCGAGAAACUCCAGUCGCCAAACUUGAAGGUCACAACGAUGCGAUUCUGGCUUGUUCACGACAAGCCAGAAGACCAACAACAGGGCUGCGCACACGGCAGCCAGAUGGACUCCGAAGGAGGCGACUCAGGCGAGACUCAUCGUCGUAGAUACCUGGUACUUAGACCACGUCCAACCCCCCCUGAGCCGUGCGGAAGACUGACGCUCACCCCCGCAACAACGCGUCUUCCUUGUGGGAGCUGGCUUAGGUUGCCUAAAAUGAGUGCACUGUUUGGCGCGUCGUAUUUUCCACGUGCAGAGACACUGGAAUAUGCGAUCAACCACGUCUUCCUGCCCCCCAAAACCCCCCAAGAGGGCGAGGUCAACAUCAAAGAGGAACACAAUCUCGCCAGAUUCCUGCGUGAAUCCGUCGUCAACUUUUGCUCUCGAUGUUCAAAGGCGGAAUCCGAAGAGCUUCAGCCUGUUAUCCGGAUGCUCCAGCGGCUGAUGCAAGUGUCGCCCGGCAUGGAUGGCCGCACCAAGAAGGCUGCGAUGGCAAGUGUCAUCCAAGAACUGAAAAAUGGGGAAUCCGCCUUGUUCCACAUCCGCGCACAAAACGCCGGUCUUCUCCUGACUGGCCAACAAGAUGGUGUCUUGAUAGAGGCUUUCGAGCUUCUCGCGCCCAACAAAGACGUCAUGCCUCACAUCGGCCGUCUCAAGCGACAAUUUCCUGACUGCGCGGCCGUCGUAGACCGUAAGACCAUGCUGAACACCGAGUUCCUUGACGAGCUUAUCAACGUGCUCCAUCGACUGGAGCUUCGGGUAUCGCCCCUAUCUCGACCAAAGACCUGGAAAUCCGGCUACGACUUUGAGGAAACGCGCGACACCGUCUCUCCAUUUCUCGUCACCGACAUGCUGCUCGGAACCCUUGGGGGGCUGGGUCGACAUGUUGAGCCGACACGUGUUUCUAUGAGAAGCCGAGAACAAGUGGGCUGGGACAGUGCACGGCUGCCAUUCCAUCGGUCCCCAACAUGGUUGCUCCUGCGAGUGGGCUUGCGCUUAGUACUGGAUCGAGCUGCUCCCCAAAGUGGACAAUCGCCGCUCUACAAGGCAGUCACGGCUUUCCACCAUGCCCAUCUGCUACACCAGGCUAAGCUACUUGGUUUCGACAGCGACCUUCGGUAUACCAUGGCCGCAAAGCUCGUCCGGCGCGUCAUCAAGAUCAACCCCCAGGAGAACCUCCCCUGGGUGAAGGUGAUUAGGGAGGUCAUCGCAACGAGCCACGACGAGCUCCAACAGCGAUGGCAGAAAACCCAGAAAGGGCACGAGACAACCCAGGACACCCGCCUCAAGCAUCUCUCCUUCAUUCAGUUCGGACACAAAACUCCGGCUCAAAACGCUGGGCCCGCACUUGGCCUGGCUGCAAUCCCGAUCCAUGGACGAGGCAGACUCAGCUGGGCCUGGGGAUUUGACGAAGUCUUUUUCUACCUCAAAAAUCCGGAAGCCCUCUCUCUCAUGUACCUGAACCUGAUGGAUCUUUGGGUUGCCAUGGAUAAGGUCGCUGGGGUCGCUGUUCCUUUGCUCCUCGAGUAUGACCCCUGUUUCAUGCCAAACCUUUUUCGGCCGUUGAUCUUGCCAACCAAGAGGCAAAUGGCCCGGCUGCACGCCAUCGAGGCCUACCUCCACAACAGGAGGCAUCGGGCAAAGGAUACUAGGCGUAGUUUCUACGGUUCGAUGUAUUCCAAGUUUGGGCAGGCAGACUCAUUUGCCGUCCGCUAUUUCGACUCCUCCCUUGAGCAUCAGACGCUCUUGCGACAGAUCGAGAAUGAAUCGAGACGGACAGAGGCGGACAGAAUCCAACGGUACCAUUGGCUACGCACCAGGUAUGACGACUUGACUCGCGAGCGUUCCCUAGCCACACAUGAAGUGGAAUGGGACUACGAUCAACGGUGCAACAUCCAUGCCCACGACUGCAAAGGUUGCGCCCUAGAUGAGAAGAUAGAGUACCUAACGCUUGACAUUUUCGAGUGGCCCUUACCCCGCGACACCACCCUGGCUAAGGCGAUUGUGUUCGAGAUACGCGUUCCGCAAGUGGUCAAGAUCUGGCGAGACCUGACUAGCCACUUCUUCCGUGACAUCUUUCGAGACCCCGGGACCUUGCGAGGGGUAGACCAGCUUUGGUUUGCGGCAGAUCAUUCAAGCUUGAGCAAAUUUUACCCCGUCACAAGCCAGGUCCAGCUAGCUGCCACCAUCAAGCCCGUGGAGGCAUCCCAUUACCGCGGCAGGCAUAUCAGCACUUUCUGCGGCGAUUCCGAUGUUUCCGCGUGCCUUGAGGCAGGGCCCUUUGACGCCAGUGGCUCAAUCCUCCGGGAAACGCACGCAGACUUGCUUGAUGACAACUUCGUGCGCCGCAUGACGGCCGCCCUGGGGAAUGCUCUUGGCAGGUUCCGUGAAAACUGGCAAAACGACAUUGCUGUGAGCCUCCUGGCAUGUCUUGGAACGCGGGUUCUGGCACUCACCACGUCCCGCCGGCUUAUUGAUGCCCUCUUGGCGUUCCUAUGUCAGACCAGGAGAGUGGCGCUUCAGUGGGCCAGGCAACUCCUGGAGAAGCAGGGCGACUGCAACAACAAGGUUGAACGACACGAGUUGGAUCAGCGGUUGUUGAUGGUGGCACUUACAUGCAUGUCUACGUUUGACGUCGAGUCGGAUCUUCUACAAGACCUUUUGCACUCGGCAGACAACCUCAAUGUCUUUGUGGAAACGGCCACCGUGAUCCACGACCAUCUCCCACCUAACGCGUCCCUCUCAAAUCCCAUUUUGGUUCUGCUGGCACAUCGAUGGCGCAGAACUAUGCAUUUGGCGCUGGACUCUGCCUUGGAUGAAAUUAUUAAGGAAAAGAAUCCCGGCUUCCAUGCAGCCAUUCAGCAGUUUUGGGCGGAUUACUCGCCGCCCGACACACAGUGGUUCGAACUUUCGGGCGAACAGAGCCACAUCCUAUUUGCUCGAACAAACCUGGAGAACGGCAAUACCAUGACCAUCACGUACAAUCUUCUGAACGGCCGCCUCUUGGUCAACGGAUAUCCCUUGUCUCGUUUACCUUCUGAGUACGAAUGCAAGCCAGCCUGCGAAGAGCUUUUUGGGUCACAGAUUCUGGAAGUCAUGCCCUCAACUCGAAAGGGGAUGCGAUUCUCUGCAUGCCGCAGCCAGCAGGGCUGGGUGGUGCACUUCACUAUGGUCUCGGGCGAGCUUGUCAUCCAGGCAGCUCGAUCUACGGAGGCGCUUUCCGUUGAAGAAAAGUCACGCACGGAGAUCUAUGAGUUUAUACCUUCUUGGAAACUGGACGGUGACGUCCCCACAUCUUUUAUCAGCGACUACUCGCACUGGGUAAAUCUUUCCACCGGGGUUGUCGAGUUUCGACGCGCGGAUAAGCCUUGGGUGUCUUCCCCGGACAACGACAACUGGAUCUUGACGCGGACUAGAAGCCGCAACACCCUCUCGCGGCAAGGUUGCUACGUGAUUGACCCCCACAGUCAAACUGCGGAAGCAAUUUUGUCCCAUCUGAACCCCAUCGAAACGAGGGGAAACAUAAAUACGAUCUUCCACCCAUCUAAACACAUGCUGGUCGUGGAUCUACCGAGAUACUCGCUCUCCUUCACUCUUGCCGAAGGCAACUCAAGUAUUAAGUCGAAGCACUACUCCGGUAUGUGUAUCGACCAAUCUCAGAGCAUCGGGGCGCUGGUCGGCCUCGAAAACAGGCUGGUUUUGAAGCAGGAAGGCGUUUUGGAAUCUUGUACACCCCAGAGAACGGUUCUUGUGCCGAGAGGGCCGAUUUCGCCAAGGAUUGUAUCCCAUCACGUCAAAGUCAGCGUCGACUUCUUUGCCGGAGCCCAUGUCAAACAUGACGCGUUCAUGAUUGAUGCGAGACUCGGCCGCAUCACGACAAGCGGAUCGCUGUCCAGCAAAUUAUACUUGUGCUAUCUCCACGCGGUCACAUCCCACUGUCUCCCGGACCCUCUCACGGGGAGAACCGGGACCGAGGAAGCCUUGAGAAUUCUUGAGUCUGCAUCAGUUCGCUCUUUCCAACGGUUGGACGCGGAGUCCUACCAACUGCUGUGCGGUAUAGCGGAACUAUCCCCCCAGAGGCAGUUCUACCCCAGCGGUAUGAUGGUCAUGGAACAGGUGCAGUGGUCGAAUAAGCUCCCUGUACUAUCUCAGCACGACGCCUUCUGGCCAGAGGUCGAGGCCAUCCUCAACCAUGCCCGGGACUGCGAGAUUUUGCAGCGUGAUGAAAAAAGCACUUCACUCGACCUCAGCUCGCUGAAACGCUCUGAUCUUCUGCUGGUCUCGCGGGCCAGAAAUAGAAAUGCAGCCUUCAGGGUCUCUGACUUUGGAGCAGAGAAACACACUGCCGCCUUCGACUGUCAAUACUCUGGCCGACAUGGCGAAAAUUCUUCCGAGACUUUCACAAGAGCUAGUGCAGUGGCGAGACGUGUUGUUUCCGGCAGCGAGCGACUCCUGGCCCGGCCAUCGGGUUCGUUGCGCCAAGUUAUUCUAGACAUUGCCGGAAAGCAGUUCCCUGGUGCCCCUGAAGUUGACAUCACCUUUUCGCUCGACCACCUCCAGUCUCACACCACGUCUCUCAAGGGGAUUUGGUGUGGGCUACACCAAUCCGUUGCAGACGAGCCCAACGUGUACAAAGUCGCCUUCUUCCUCUCAGCGCUGAUCUUUGCACAACAAGGGAGCUGGGACCUUGUGCAGGCAUUGCUAGGGAUAGCGACUGCCCAUGUGAGGUUCCGGUCUCAAGUCAAGCCGCCCAAAGAGGACAAUUUUGAUCUCGACUACAAAAUCUCUACCAUGAAACAGAGAGUGGAGCAAAUAGUUUGCCGACGUCUAUAUGAGUUGAAUCGGUGCCCCGAAUCCGAGCUUCCCCGCAUGUCUGACGAAACCAAGACGGCGGCAAAAAGGAGGCGCCAUGAAGCAUGGUCAACCAAGACGGACCAGUUGACUAGAAGCUUUGUGUCCAACCUUGAAGACCAGUGGAGUUCUCGUUGGACGGUUUCGAUGCCCACCGGAGAGAACUACUCCGCAUACAUGAACGUCAACGCCAUUCUGCAAGAAGUCAAUAAAGCUCUGGACCUUGCUAGACGCACAAGCCUUUUUACGGAGUACUUAAACUCCCUUUUACGGGAGUUAGGUCAGAUGGGCGUGUGUUCAGCAGGAAAUGCUUUCGUGGCGUUGAACGGCCCUGUUGCCCCGCCAAAGAUAGAACAACUACCCUCCCUGGUAGGCUUUGUCCAGUCGAGCGCACUGUUCACUAGGCCAGCCCCUCCCACAGAGCGUCCUCAGCCGGUGGACUUUUCCUACCUUUGUGACCAUGUCACGCUAGCGGCUGGCGAAGAGGAACCUUUGGCCGGUUUGUUCGACCAGCUCGCACGGAUCAGUGGCCAGAAGCCUUACCAGGUCGCCUACAUCGAUGAACUCCAAUCCAGCGCCGUCAGCACGGCCAGCGCCCGCUACAGACUGAACCAGGGGGCAGUUGAGUUGGAGAGGAUCUUCCGGGACUACCUUCUCGGUUGCAAACAGGCAGCGGAAACAAUACGCGGCAAAAUCGACAACGCCCUCCGCGGACAGUCUAUCGCCGAGGCUACAUGCCAGGGAAGCAGCCUCUACCCCCGCAUCUCACCCGUCUUCUUACUCCAGCGUCUCAGCCGAGACUUUUGGGACGACUUGCCUGAGAGCUGGCGGGUUUGCUUGGUCAACUACGCCCUGUCACUUGCCUACGUGCAGCGAGCCGAGCGCCUCGUCAAUGCCAGCAGACGCCCGGAGAGGCAGGUGGAUCUCCUUAAGGAGCUCCGCAACAUGGGAAGCCACAACUCUGAGGAGGGCGACCCCAUGAAGUUCCCCGAGAACCUCAUCAUCGAGCUGGAGCAAGGGAUCCUCAUCCGUCCCAUCCAACAGGGGAUAGCAGCCAAGAUGCGGAAUCCCCCGGAGGGAGACAACGCCGUCAUGCAGCUCAACAUGGGAGAGGGCAAGUCCUCGGUCAUUGUGCCAGUCGUGUCUACUUGGCUUGCCGAUGGGAAUCGUCUCGUCCGGGUUGUGGUUGCAAAGCCGCAGUCGAAGCAGAUGAUGCACACCCUGAUCGGUACCAUGGGCGGGCUGAUCAACCGGCGCGUCUUCUACCUCCCCAUCUCAAGAGCGCUUCAGCUGAGGAGCGAGGAUGUCGCAGCCGUGCGGCGGAUCCUUGAGGCGUGCAGAAAGGAACGCGGGGUGCUGCUCGUGCAGCCGGAGCACCUGUUGUCGUUCAAGCUCAUGGGCUUGGAGAGCAUUUAUGCUGGCACUGGGCAGCUCGGCAGGGAUAUUCUCAGCACUUACCGCGAGCUUGAGGACAUGUCGAGGGACAUUGUCGACGAGAGCGACGAGAACUUCAGCGUCAAGUUUGAGCUGAUUUACACCAUUGGCUCUCAGCAGCCCAUCGAUAUGAGCCCGGACCGCUGGACCAUGAUUCAGGAACUGAUGGACGUUUUGGCUGAGAUUGCUAGAAACUUGGCGAACGGUGCCGAGGGGCAGAGGGUCGAAGGCCUAUUGUUCGAGGAAAACGAGGCCAGCGGCCGGUACCCAACAAUUCGGGUCUUGGAGGAAUCGGCUGGCAAAUGUCUGGUUGACGCUAUCGCCAAACAGAUCUGUCGGACGGGGGUCAGGGGUUUCCCCAUCCAGCACCAGUCCAAACAGAUGCGCCGCGCGGUAUUGGAGUACAUCCUCCAUCCAACUCUCGACAUCGAGCAGGUCACAGCAGUCGAGGACGUAAGCAGCGGUCUCUUCAGCGAGCCGACAUCAAAGAACGCACUUCUUUUACUCCGGGGUCUGCUGGCCACCAAUGUCAUCUUGUUCGCACUUGGCCAGAAGCGGUUUCGAGUCAACUACGGCCUCGCCCCCGAUCGACGGCCUUCAACCAUGCUGGCUGUGCCCUACCGCGCCAAGGACUCGCCGGCGCCGCGUUCCGAGUUCAGCCAUCCGGAGGUCGUCAUUGUUCUGACGUGUCUCAGCUACUAUUACCAAGGCCUCGCCGACAACGAACUGCGCACCUGUCUCGAAAGGCUGAGCCGGUCGGACCAGGCAGAGCAGGAGUACAGCCGCUGGGCAGCGGCGGCGCCGCAACUACCAUCAUCCUUGGCUCAUUUCUCGGGCGUCAAUCUCAAGGACACUAAACUCUGUAAGGAGAGUGUGUUUCCUGCCCUGCGGUACGCAAAGCCGGCCAUAGACUUUUACCUCGCCAACGUCGUGUUCCCCAAGGAGAUGCGGGAGUUUCCCUACAAGCUGUCCGCCUCGGGAUGGGAUCUCGGCAAGACGAAGCGCCAUCCACUGACUGGAUUCAGCGGCACCACGGACUCAAAAUAUGUGCUUCCGCUUUCGGUGACGGCACUUGACCUCCCUGAGCAACGACACACCAACUCGGCUGUUUUGGCUUGCCUUCUCCGGGCAGAGAACACUGUGUUGGAGCUUGGGGUCGAUGCGGCAAACGUGACGGCCUUGACAGUGGAUUUACUGCUUGAUGCGGUCACGACUUCAAGCCAGCCGAUGCGAGUGAUCCUGGACGUCGGGGCGCAGAUCAUCGAGCUUAGCAAUCUCGAGGUGGCGCGCCGUUGGCUCGGCAUGGUCCCUUCUCACGAGGCGGAUGCGGUGAUCUUCUUCAACGACCACGAUGAGCUGUCCGUCUUGACUCCGUGCAUGCGGAUGCGAAAACUCGGCCAAGGCCAGUCCGUCACCUUCUGCGUCUCCCCUGAAAUGCAAAAGCGCAUCCGGACGCUGGUUAAGCUGGAGGACGACGCCCACGCCCUCACGGUGACCGACAUCCUGAUCUGCGCCAUCGCCGAGACCUGGGAGGACGCGCACCGCAGUCUCCCACUAUGGGCUACCCAGGGCAUCCGCCACCAGCACCAAGAGGUAGUUUGGGAAGAAGCCGACGCCAACAACGGCGGCUCGCUCUCAGCUGCCGACGUCGCCCGCUACCUCGAAGCCGAAGCGCAAUCCCUCGAGCAGCGAUACCGGCCCAUCUCAACCACCACCCCCAAUACCCUCAACCAAUCCCCACCCCAAUCCCUCCUCACCACCCUCCACCACCUCACCACCACCCUCCCCCCCUCCCGCCACCCCCACCUCACCCUCCUCCACACCAAAUGCACCCAAUUCGCCCUGACCACCCACCCCGCCUCCAGCACUCUCCAAGAAGAACAGGAGCGCGAACUAGCCCCCGAAAUCGAACGCGAGCGCCACGUCGAGCGCCCCGCGCCGCGCCGCCCGGCCCCGCACGCCCUGCACGAGGACGUGCAACGCCUGGCCGCCCACGGCGUGCUCAACGCGCGCAGCCCCGCGUUCAUGUCCGCGUUUGCGGCGCUGGCGGGGACGAGCGCGGCCGCCUUGGUCCCGUCGGUGGCUUGUGGGGCGCGUGGGGUGGCUCCAGGUGGGGGAGGGGGGUUUCCGGGUGGGUUGUUGGUCACGGGGGACUUUGCGAGGACCGUGUUGGGUGUUGCGGGUGGUAGUGGUGGUGGUGGGAGGGGAGGGGAGGGGGAUGCGUAUCAGAGGCCGGCGCAGUGGGUUGUGACGGUGCAGGUGCAGGCGGAUGCCUCGGGUGGUGGUGAGGGGAUGCGGAUGGUGUUGGUGAGUUCGUGGGAGGCGAAUGUGCUGAAGGAGGUGCUGGAGAGGAAGAGUCGGGAGGAGGCUGGCGGCAGGGUGCUCCUGCGCGCGUAUCUGCCGCGCUCGAGUCUGUCGUUCGACUCGCUCGAGGACCUGGCCGUGCACACGGUGCCGGCGGUUGAGGACCCGCCCGUGCCGCCGCCCGAGCUCGUCAUGCAGCUGAACCUGUUUGCGGGGCAGCUGUACCUGCGGUCGUACGCUGAGUAUGUGCGGUUGUGUCGGUAUUUGGGCUUGUCUUACACAGAGAAUGAGGGAGAUGAGGAUAUUGCAGCGGAUGGGUUCGUGGGCCGGGCUGGUGGGGAGGGGUAUGAAGAGUGUGGGUUUGAGUCCAGUCCGGUGGGGUUUCUCAAUGUGUUGUUCAAGCGGAUCCGGAGGGAUUGUCUUGAUAUUGAGAAGACACACAUGGGGAGGAUUUUGGCGGGAGAGAUUUUGAGAGAGAGGGAUUUCGAGGAUGUUGACGUCAAGACGGAGGAUGUGGAUGGUGACACCGCCAUGGCGGAUACCACGGAUAUGAAGGUGGAGGUUGAAGAGUGA